GACUUUCUAUCCCCCCACGGGCACAUGCAGGUUGUAAAACCUGGAACUAACGGUUCAAGAUAACGUCAGUGCCGAUUGGCGGCCGUUGAAUACGACGCAUUACUUGGCCCCUGUCACGUCUAGCGGCCGUGCCCGCAUCUAUUUUGCUGUUCUCCUCAUUUCUCGUUGCCUGCAAACCAAGAAAUGCAUGCUUCCCAUCUCACGCUUGCUACCUGGAGAGUAACGAGUAUAUAUACCACUUAUACCUUUUCCAUCGCUUCUUCUCCAGAUUUCAUGACGCAACCGCCCCGCACGUUGUGUGACGAUGCCGAAGCGAUCCACGGGCUGCUUUGAGUGCAGAAAGAGAAAAGUCCGCUGCGACGAAGCCAAGCCAGAGUGCAACGUUUGUCUCCGGCGAGGGACAAAAUGUCCAGGUUUCAGGCCGCCGCAAUCAUUCAUACUUCACAAAUUUGAUCAGCAGACUGAGAGACCGGCGCUCAUCAAAGAAGACGAAUCCCGCUACAAAUAUGCGAAUCAAAGCCCAAAGGACUCGGUCAUUUCAGGGAGUUCGCCAGCCCGUGCAGUCGCUCGCCUUCCAGGUUCAGAAGCAAGACCUGUGGACGAACCGUUACCGAAGCAGGUAAGCUCCGUUGCUGCUGAUCGCAUUCAACAUUUGGGCACUUUUAUCGCCCUCUAUCUACCAAGAGCCGAUGGCCCAGCGUUACCUCCUCCUUCAGCAUUGAUGUUGGGACUACCCACGAUGCCUGCGAAUAGCCAGGUGCUUCUAGCAGCAGUAGACGCUCUAUCUGCAGCGCAACUCGCCGUCAACAACAGGAAUAAUCCCCUGAUUAACCGCUCCCGAUCUUUAUACGGGACUGCUCUGAGCCUUAUGCUGCGGGCGAUCCAGGACCCAGUAACAGCCCUGAAAGACGAAACACUGCUAUCGACCUACCUGCUUACUUUGUAUGAGGUAUUUGUGGGAGUGACACAGGGCCAUGGCUUCUUCUACCAUGUGCAAGGACUUCUACAUCUACUAAGGCAGCGGGGGCCCUCAUCUUUCCAGAGCAGAUUGAGCUUGCAGGUCUUCCAUGCAAUACGAUACAAUUCAUUAAGCAUUGGGUACCACAUGCGCAAGGCCUCAAUGUUAGACAGCCCCGAGUGGCUGGCAGUGACAGUCAGAGCCGCGAAGGUGGACCCAUACGUAGCGUUGCAGGACAUAUGCAUAUGUAUACCACGACUGCUCGAGCGCACCGACAGACUAGCUAGAGACGGCGGUUCACAGACUGAUAUCGACGAGCUUAUAGACGAUUCGAAUAAUCUUGCUGACCGUGGAUUCGAGUGGAUCUCCAUCUUUGAGAGGUUGGGGCCACGUUAUGAUAGAGUCGACAUCGAACUGAUGGAUGGCUUUUUGGACCUCUGCGCCGACCGCGUCUUCGAUCCCGUCUUCGACUUUCACUACUUUGGUGCUGGCAUUUGCUACAUGAUCUACUGGAUGAGCAUGUUGAUCAUGCAAGGUAACACAUUCAGGCUAUUAAGACAGCAUCGGCAGCUUGAAAUGAAGCAGCUGAUGAUGUGGGAUCGCCAACUCGGGGGUUAUGCAGACAGUAUUUGUCGUAGCAUACCGUACAACUGCCGACCCAGUGCUGGAUAUACAGCGAAGUUUGGCUGUUUGACUCCUCUUGUGGUUGCGAGAAAGUACUAUGAAGCAAAGGGUGCUAAGAAAGAGUCCGAGUGGUGUGAGAACGUGUAUAUGGGGGCGAGAGUACCGGGUUUGUAUCAAUCGCCUGUCCCGCUGGAGCCUUUGAAGGAGGUCAAGAAAACUGUCAAGGAUAAUGCUCGGUUCAUAUGAUGAAUAGGUGUAGAAACUCGUACUAAAAUGCAAUCGAUAUAGGGGUCGUAAUUUGCAAGAAAUUAACGUCUACAGUAAC